AUGGCUAUGAAACAGCGCCAGGCCAAAUGUAGUGGCCAGGCACAGCUCUUCUGCUGCAAUCAUGGCACCUACGCUGGAAAUACUACCGACGUGAACAAAGGUAUCCUUGCUGGAACACUGAGUCACCUCGUCGGUUCCAGAGGUGCCACGAUUACAGCAGGAGAGCUGUGCCUGGUCACCACAUUUGGCCUGGGCCUAUUUCACAGGCAUGAUGUCCGGAACAAGAAAGCGCCCGUCAGGGUUGCCCUUAUUCGCAACACCAUUUCUAUCACAUUCACCGCCAGCGCUUGGCGGCGCCGCGAUUCUAGCCAAGGAUAA